GCCCUCUGCAGGCUACCGUGACCAUCGCUGGCCGCCUCGUCGCUAUUGUCGCGACUCACUGCUGCCGCAUCUCCAUAUAUGUUAAUGUUCUCAGGCUGUCAAGGCCCCACAUCUGUCCGAUGAUGCGACAUAAUGACAAGGCUUGCGCUGCGCCUACAUCUGCCCACCUCGGCUUCCGAGACGUCGCGCCCCACCGGCACGCCAACUAGUAUACAGACUGGAGCGUUCCUAUAAAAGUGUAUGACGUUCUGACCAUCGCAGCAACUCUUCGUCCCCCGUCCCAAGAAUGCCUACCUACGCUGUUGUUGGUGGUUCCCGCGGAGUCGGCCUGGAGAUCGUUCGCCAGCUGGCGGCGGAUCCGCAGAACACCGUCUUCGCUACUGCGCGGGACACAGAGAGAUCAGUGCACUUGGCCAAAGUCGCGAAGGAGGCACCGGCAGAGAACGUCGUGGUCCUCCAAGCGGACGUUGUGGACCAUCGCUCGCUAAAGGCUGCGGCGGAGCAAGUCGCGCAGGCUACGGGCGGCUCACUCGACGUGCUCAUCCACAACGCAGCGAAGAUGGACUACGCGGGUGGGAAUUUGUCUCGUACGCUGACCGAGUACGAGAGCAUGGACGCCUUGGACGCGGAAUUCAUCGAAGCGUUCAAAGUCAACACCCUCGGCGCGGUCCACUCCGUCGACGCAUUCCUGCCCCUGCUCCGAGCAGGCGUGGCGAAGAAGAUCAUCGUCAUCAGUACGGGCGGGGGCGAGCGCGACGUUGUGUGGAAGACCCGCCUGAUCGGGACCGCCGCGUACGGCGUCACGAAGUGCGCGGAGAACAUGGUCAUGACCAAGUACGCCGCGGAGCUCGCGGACGAGGGCUUCGUCGUCGCCGCGAUCAGCCCCGGGAACGUCGACGUCUCGCGCACGGCGCCUUCUCCGCCGAGUGCGGCGGAGCUCGCGGACCUCAAGCGCGUUAUGGACCGCGUCCGGAAGCAGAUACCGAACUACCCUGACAAGGCACUCACGCCGGAGCAGUCGGUAAAGAAGGUGCUGGAGAUCGUCGACGCACUGGGACCCGAGGACGCAGCGAGCUUCCGCGCCGUAUGGGACUGACGUCUGGCCGGGCCUCGUAGUCUGAACCACACUGAGGAUGGCUCACACUUUGACGGGCUCCAAUGAUCUCUGCAACCGUCUCCCCACAGGCGGUUGAAACUCGUGUAAGUACAUUGUAUAACAUACUUGAUCCUACACAGGCGGGAAAUGGUCCUGCUACUGCAAUCUCCAGCGUUCCUGUACAGAUUGUUCAUGUCCAACUCCGGAUGUGGUCUGAAAGUACCAGACUCAGCAGGCCCGAUCUUCUCGAUGUCAGCCCAGGAGCCGCUCCACAGCCUGCUGAGGCGUGAUCAGCGCGUGCAGCCUCGCAAAAGCCA